GUCACACGUGUGGUUGAGUCCAACCAAGAUUUCUCGAUUCGUACGCUUAAUGACUUUCUCUCUCCUCUUCUUUCUCUCUCUUCAGUAUCGCUUCUCACUUCUCUGUUGAUUAAGCUUGUCAUGCAAAUUUAUCGUUUAGUGACGUAGUCGCAGCUUCAUUGCAGAAAGAAGCUUGUUGCAGUAAAUGCGUUUUUUGGCCCGGCAAAGGAAUGGAGCUCAGUACCGUGAAAGAUGCAUUUGAUCGUGUUGUCAAGAAGCAAAAACUGUCAUUAUCUAAAUCCCAAGAAGUAAUUGAUUUGGUCAGAUAUGAGAUUGAAGAAGCACUAUCAAAAAUCCAGUCAAGUGGAGACCCCAUGUCUCCUGUUGAUCAGAAGUCCAUUCUCACAGAGUUAAAGCAUAAGCUGAACACAAUCUGUCCAGUGAACCAACUAGAAGGGUCACAAAAGGAACUGAACAGUGACCUUAGCAAGUACCCAAAAAUCCUUGAGAAAUCUUUCCAUCCCGACAUAUCCAGGACAUACGUAAAUGUUGACUUUGACUAUCAUUUAGUGAAUCAGAUAAUAGCAAGCCAUUUUUACCGGCAAGGCCUCUUUGAUCUUGGAGAUUGCCUAAUAAAUGAGGCUGGAGAACCAGAAGCAACAGCUUUAAGAUCUCAAUUCUUGGAAUUGCAUCAAAUACUGGACGCUAUUAGAGCUAAAAACCUUGCUCCUGCGCUUAAAUGGAUUUCUACCAACCGUGAAAAGCUCAUGAAGAGUAAUUCAAAUCUGGAGCUGAAAAUUCAUCGCCUGCAGUUUCUGGAAAUUUUGAAGGGAGGAAGUAGAGCUGAUGCCCUUAAUUAUGCAAAAACAUAUCUUUCUCCUUUUGCUUCAGUUCAUACGAAAGAGUUUCUAAGGGUGAUAGUUUCUGUUUGUUGGACGGGCAAGCUUGAAAACUAUCCUCAUUCUGAGUUGUUGUCUCCAACCCACUGGGAGAAGUUGUCCGAGGAGCUGACUCGUGAUUUCUGCAAUCUCUUAGGGCAGUCCUGUGGGAGCCCAUUAAGCUUAGCAAUAUCAGCUGGGAUUGAUGGAUUGCCAACUCUUCUAAAACUGGCUGAAGUGAUGGCUAUAAAGAAGCAGGAGUGGCAAGCACUGAAGCAGCUUCCGGUGCCAGUGGAAUUGGGAAGAGAAUUUCAGUUUCAUUCCAUUUUCGUUUGUCCUGUGAGUAGGGAGCAAGGCAGCGACGAAAAUCCACCAAUGCUUAUGCCCUGUCUUCAUGUCCUCUGCAAGCAAUCAAUGGCCAAGAUGUCAAAAGGCAGCUCACGGACAUUCAAAUGCCCAUACUGUCCAGCUGAGGCAUCCAUCGCACAAUGCAGGCAGUUAUUUUUCUGAGUGUUUAUAGGAUUUGUUUAGGGGAAUUGGUGGCUGCUUAUGGUGAUUAUAUGGUUUUCGUUUCUCUUAUGGAUUUCUGUAUAUAGACGUUCUUUUUGAACGUCUCUUGAUUUUUGCAUAAAUAACAGAAAGAUAGACAUGUUUAUACA